GGAAAAAAUUAUAGCCAUGCGAGCGAUCCCUGUACUCAGCUGCUUCUGGAGCACAUACAUGGCUUGUGUGACAGCAACAGCGCACAGAAGCAGCAAUGCAAUGCAGUUAGCAGUACAGCUGGGAGGCAGGCAGGCAGGCACUGGUCCAGUUUCUAAAAUGAUCCUCUCGUAAGCCAGUCUGCAGUGCCUCCCAAAGUGGUUGACUCCUGCAAAAGAGCACAGCUUUCUUUGCAAAUACUCUGGGGUGUAACUCCGCUUCCCUUGGUGACUGCAGCGCUUUUUUUUUUUUUUCUUUUCUUUCUUCCCUCUGUGUCCUUUUCUCCAGGAUGGCGGAGGCAGAAUUGCACAAGGAAAGGCUGCAAGCCAUAGCAGAAAAACGGAAAAGGCAGACAGAAAUAGAAGGCAAGAGACAACAGCUUGAGGACCAGAUACUUCAACUACAGCAUUUCAAGUCAAAAGCGCUUCGAGAAAAAUGGCUGCUGCAGGGUAUUCCUGCUGGCUCAGCAGAAGAAGAAGAAGCCAGAAGGAGGCAGUCAGAAGAGGAUGAGCUCAGAGUGAAAAAGCUUGAAGACAACAUCCACAGGCUGGAACAAGAAAUAGAGAAGCUAGAAAGUGAAGAAUCCCAGAUAUCUGCCAAAGAGCAAAUCAUCUUGGAGAAACUAAAGGAGACAGAGAAAUCCUUUGAGGACUUUCAAAAGAGCUUCUCACACCAGGAUGGUGAUGCAGUAAAUUACAUUUACUCCCAGAUCCCCGAACUCCCAACCCUCUAUUCACGAACAGCAGAGCCAGUUCCUGGGUGGGACGGACCAAGCAGGGUAACUGCUUUGUACGCCAUGGAAAUUAAUGUGGAGAAAGACAAACAGACCGGAGAGACCAAGAUUCUCUCUGCAUCACCUAUUGGCCCAGAGGGGACCCAUCAAAGAAGAUUCAAAGUCUAUGAUGAUGGUACCAAGGUAGUCUAUGAGGUUCACUCUGGAAGCACAGUGGUAGAAAAUGGAGUACAUAAAUUAAGCUCAAAGGAUGUAGAUGAACUUAUACAGAAAGCUGGACAAUCAAGUGUAAGAGGAGGGUAUGAAAUGGCUGUGUCAGCCAGGAAUGUGAUAGCAGAUGGAAACCUUAGCCAUGUGAAGGAACAAAUGCUCUUCAAAGAGGCAAAAUUAGAAAUGGUACAUAAACCUAGCAAGGGGAAUUCUGGGAAUCCUCAACACCAAGCAAAAAUCUCUGGAGAUGAAGUCCCAGAGGCCAGCAUGGAUCAACCAGUGACAAUGAUUUUUAUGGGUUACCAAAACAUUGAUGAUGAAGAGGAGACAAAAAAAGUGCUGGGCUAUGAUGAAACUAUCAAGGCAGAACUGGUCCUCAUCGAUGAAGAUGAUGAAAAGUCCUUGCGUGAGAAGACCGUGACUGACGUAUCCACCAUGGAUGGAAAUGCAGCCGAACUGGUCUCCGGAAGGCCUCUGUCUGACACAACAGAGCCCUCCUCUCCAGAGGGGAAGGAAGAAAGUCUGCCCAUGGAACCAGUCCCAGGUACACAAAAGAAAAAGCGAUGUCAAUGCUGUAUUAUCAUGUGACCACUUCUUCCUUCCCUGUUCUGAGCAGCACCUGCUCCAUCACUUCCUUAGACCUCACUGUACUUCUAACUGCAAUACUGUGAACUGGAAGUGAAUGCCUCCAUUGCCUUGCAGAUGGGUUGCUUUGAUUUCUAGUUCUUCAGGAAGAUGCACACACGAAUAUUAUUUUCCCACCAAACAUACUGUUUGUUUUUUAGUUUUUAGAGUGAGAGAGAAAUGGGAAAGUGAACAAACGCUUUCAUAUUUACUUGAUUUUAUAUAAAUAUAUAUAUAAAGAAAACACUUUUUAUAUUUUACUUUAUAUAUCUGGCAGGAUUGAUCAGAUUCCCAGUGUUUUGUGGGAGUCUGAAUUUCACAGUAGCUAGGUAUGAGAGCCUUAAAAAAAAUCAUAUUUUAACAUUAUUUUAUAGAUUUUGUGGGGUGGAGGGAGCAUAGAUCAUUUUAUCAUUUUAAUUUGCUAAAACUCAGAUACACCCUUCUCAAAAUGUUUGCAUAAUUUUGUUGUACAUUAACUUUGGAGUUCAUUUUGUGGCGUCAAAAAAAUGCCAUAGGCUAUUUCUGCUUAUUGGUAAAACCAAAAGUGGACCUUAAUUAUUCUUUCUAACAAAUCACAAAUGAUGAUUUUGCCUUAUAUAAAUCUUCCAGAUUACAGUAUUGUGCAUCUUCUUUAUCUCCUUAAAUUACAGUGGAAAUUACCUUGACAUCAAAAACAUCCAGCUGUCACCACAAGUGAAAUGUAGUUACUGAUUUAAUUACUUGCCUUUCAGUAACUCUGCCUAUGUUUAUUUAUGAGAUUUUUCUGCUGAACACCGGCAUAUGAGAGAUACUAUUUUUCUGUUUCCUUCGAACAUGAAUCAUUUUACUGUCUGAUCUUGCUCCCAGUGAAGUCAGUGGAAAAGCACCCAUUGACCUCAAUGGGAGAAAGUACGGGUUCUCACUUUGUACUUUCUUUCAAAGAAGCAUUUCUUGAUACGUGUCAUCAAAGUAAACCUAUACACGUACAGAUCUAGGACCUGAUCCUACCGUCCUUACUCAGGUGAGGUUCCCAUGGAAACACAUUGGAGCGUUACUUGAGUAGAUAUUUCAGAAGGAAGGAUUAUGAUGAUUAGGCCAAGAUUUCCAAAAGUGUCUAGCGAUUUUGGAUGCCUCACUUUUGGGGGGGCGGAGUGGUGGGUGCUCUAUUUGAGGCCCCUUAAAGCAGCUUGAUUUUCAAAAACUGUUCACCUGCCCUCUGAAAAUUCAGAUCCUUCUCAAGCAUCUCAAAGAGAGAAUCGAAAACACUGAAGCAUCCAAAAUCACUAAUUGGUUCUAAAAACCUUGGCUUUUAGAUUCUACUAUCUACAGUGGAAAAGAAGUCAACUUUUUCAUGGCAAGACUAUGGCCCUGAUUCUGAACUAACGUGCACUGGUUUUACACCAGUGUAACUCCAUUGACUUCAGGGGAGCUACUCCUGAUUUACCCCAGUACAAGCGAGAGAAAAAGCAGCACCUAUAAUUUUUGGUGGUUAAAUAUUUUCAAUCAUGGUGAUUAUGUCAAAGUAUCUUUGAAAUUACCAGACUUCCCCCCACAAAAAAAGAAGGGGAAAAAAGAAAAAACGACCCCCCCCCCCCAAAAAACCCACCCCUCUUUCCAGGCUGAAGUGGCUUCUAUGAUAUUUCUACUCUUUCUUGGAUGGCGUUUUUACUGCAUUAACUAUUCAUUCUAAACAUCUGAUUAAACAGUUCUUGCUCUGAACUCUUUUCUUUCUGUGCCAGUAAGAAACAUUUGUUUGUGGUAGCUAUUAUAUGAGACAUACAAAAACAAAAACAAAAGGGAAAAAGAAAAGAAGAAAAGGGACUUAUGCUAUUCCAGUUAGCCAUGAAUAGCAAACCUCUUACUUAACCUUUCACCGCUAUCCAUUGGCCCUUAGUGAAAGGCAAGUGGAGACUAGCAAAUGAUAGCCACAUACAGAUGGCUCCUGCUGCAAUCGUACUAGCUGACCUAUUCACUGCUGGUAUUGGGAAUAUACCACAGGCCUGAUGUAAAGUUCAUUGGAUGCCCGUUAACCUCAGUGAGCAUAUGGAUCACAACCUAAUUGAAAUGUUGGAAUUCUGCAAAGUAUUCCUCUAGAUCUCCAUCAAACUUGCAUGAUUAACAGGUCGUUUUUAUCAGCAAAAAAAGUUGUGGUGAUCCCGUGAUUACAUCAGCAUGACUGGUGGCUAACUUUUCCGUCCUGGAAACCUUACAGCCUCAUUUUUCAGAGGUGCUAAUCACUCUCAAGUCUCACUCGGAACUCAUAUAGGCUGUCCUUAUACCUCCCUGCAGGUCACAUGCUCCCUCAUCACGUGAUCCUCCUGUGCCCAUUACCUGGGAAGUGAUUCCCUUGAAAGUCCAGAGACAUUGGGGCAUGCAUGUACCCCAGGACUAGUGCAUUGUUAUAAUCACAUAGUCAGUGGGAGCUACAGGUAUAUAAGAAAGAGAGAAGUGAGUCUUUAUUGGUUAGAAGUAGAGCACAAGCCUUAGACUUUUAUUUCUCAUACUGCCAAAAAGCUAUUGUUCAGUUAUUGCAAACUAAUAUUUAAUGCCCCUAAAGACCAGUUGUGUUGCAUUCAUUCGUGUGGACAUCGUGGUUAAUGGGCCAAUGUUAAAGUAGAAAAGCCAUGGCUUUUUAAUAGAUAACUUAGAAAGGUCUUUUACUUCUUGACCAAAACUGGUCCCCUGUCUGAGGGGAAUAAGGAAAAAGAGAAAAAAAAAA